AUGGCAUUCUCCAAUCCCGCAGUGUUUCUCUUUGGUCCCGGACAAGCAAAGAUCCAGGAUAGACCAGAGCCGAAGAUUACAGAUGCCACAGACGCGAUAAUUCGAAUCAAGUUCGUCGGGGUGUGCGGGAGUGAUGUGCAUUUCUGGAAUCAUGGCGGUGUCAAUGGGAAAUUCGUCUCCGAAUCAAGCCCUCUGGUCAUGGGACAUGAGGCAUCAGGAACGGUACAUGCUGUUGGCUCUGCGGUCACCCAUCUGAGACCAGGUGACAACGUCGCCAUUGAGCCAGGUCAGCCUUGUCGUUCCUGUGAAAGAUGUAAGGAAGGCUUGUAUAAUCUCUGCCCACAGAUGAAGUUCGCCGCCUGCCCACCGGACACGCCGGGCUGCUUGACCAAGUAUUUCAAGAUCCCGGCCGAUUUCUGCUACAAGCUCCCGCCAGGAGUCAGUCUGCAGGAGGGCGUCCUUGCCGAGCCUCUUGCUGUGGCAGCGCAUGCAGUGCGAAUGAUCGGGGUCAAACCAGGUCAGAGCUUGGUGAUCUUCGGUGCGGGCACGAUUGGCCUUGUAUGUGGUGCAGUUGCCCGCCUGUUCGGGGCCAAGAAGAUUGUGGCAGUCGACCUGUUGGAUCACAAGCUGGAAUUUGCAAGGAGCCUCAACAGGUCGAAUACUUUCAAGCCCGAUCUGUCUGCUUCGCCAGAGGAGAACGCAGCACGGCUGAUCGAGGAAAACGAGCUGGGACUCGGUGCAGAUGCCGUGAUAGAGGCAACAGGGGCGGAAAGCUCAAUCGUCACAGCUGUACAUGUUCUUCGUCCGGGAGGUUCUUGUGUGCAAACAGGCCUGGGAAAGCCUGUCGUCAACUUCCCUAUUCUGGCCAUGAGCGAAAAGGAGUUGCACAUGCACGGUGCCUUCCGAUAUAACCAGGGGGAUUUCAAAGUCGCCAUGGAUGUGCUUGAGGCUGGCACGCUCCCUCUAAAGAGCCUCAUCUCCCACAUUUUCGAUUUCGAGCAAACCACAGACGCAUGGGAAGCAACCAAGCAAGGACGGGGUAUCAAGAAUAUGAUUCGAGGCUAUGGAUUUAGAGAUCCCGCCAGAAUAAGCCACUUAUAA